AUGACUGUCUUCCUUAGAAGUAGAACUGCUAGAAGCACAUUUGAGUUUGGAAGUGGAAGUACACAUGUCGUCAGACCCAAAGGAAAGCACCAAGCCACUAUAGUUUGGCUACAUGGCUUGGGAGAUAAGGGUUCAAGCUGUUCUCAGCUUUUGGAGACCCUUCCUCUUCCAAAUAUUAAGUGGAUUUGCCCAACUGCGCCUACUAGACCAGUAGCAUUAUUUGGUGGUUUUCCCUGCACUGCUUGGUUUGAUGUGGGAGAUAUUUCAGAAGAUGCUCCUGAUGAUACAGAGGGUUUGGAUGCUACGGCUGCACAUGUUGCAAAUCUCUUGUCAACAGAGCCUGCUGACAUCAAACUGGGUGUUGGCGGCUUUAGUAUGGGAGCUGCAACUGCCCUCUACUCUGCCACUUGCCGCGUUUUAGGAAAAUAUGGUAAUGGGAACCUGUAUCCAGUUAACCUAAGUGCAAUUGUUGGUUUAAGCGGAUGGCUACCAUGUUCAAGGACCUUGAGGAUCAGGAUGGAAGGGUCACACGAGGCUGCAAGGAGAGCAGCUUCCUUGUCAAUUUUGGUUUUCCAUGGCUUAGCCGAUGAUGUGAUUGCAUAUAAACACGGACAGAAAUCAGCAGAGGCCUUAACUUCAGCUGGAUUUCGGAAUCUUACAUUUAGAACCUACAAUGGGCUGGGUCACUACACAGUCCCUGAAGAGAUGGCUGAAGUUAGUAAUUGGCUAACUGCAUGGUUAGGGCUUGAAGGGUCUCGAUCACGCUAGUGAAAUAAGUGAAGAAACAUCGGCUACUAUUUAUUUGGUUUCUGGAUUUGUUAUUAGUUUUAAUAAUUUUUGCCUUUGUGGUUGAUGUGAAGCUGGAUAGAAAAUUUUGUUUGCUUAUAAUUAACUGUUGCCAGUGAUA